GGCCGAACUAAAACGAGGCUGAAAAAACAAGUGUUUCGCAAAUGUUAUAAUUUAUGAUAAAUACUAAAUAUUCGCACAAAGAUUCGGAGUAAGUGGCUUAUUACUGAGGCCUAGUGGAGGAUAACAUGUCGGGGUCGGGGUCUGUACCAAAAUCAGAUGCAGAUAUUGCACUGGACAUCGCAAAUAAACUUGUGAAAAAAGGUAUCAAAGUUGUUGCUUUGGAUUUUGACCAGACCAUCGUGUCUGUUCAUACCUCGGGUUGUUGGAAACAAGGAUCUGUAAAAUUAACCUCACACGUUAGGCCUUGCUUUAGACACCUUAUCCCAAAGCUAAUGGAGGCAGGACUCCGAGUGGCUGUAGUGACUUAUUCCAUGCAGUCCGGGCUUAUAAGUGAUGUGCUCAAUUCUGCUCUGAAAGAUUGCGAUACAAAUCGAAUUGUUAUCAAGACCAGCAGCAAAGACUGGGAGGGAGAAAGUUGCGCUGAAACUCUCGGGAAACAACAACACAUCGCUUCGGUCCUUACUGACCUUUAUAACGAGGAUCACACAAACAUCAUACAAUCUAACGAGAUCCUUCUAUUGGACGAUGAUAUGGACAAUGUUACAGUUGCAGUGAAUUUUGGCCAUAAGGCAUUCGCAAUAACCGACAAUGUUUCUUUAGAAUCUCUAUGCCGUUAUGUUAACAAUGCUUUAUAACACGACACUUGAGUGUGGAUGUUUGAAUAUCAUGACACAAUGGGGAGAUCAUCAUGAUUUCCUUUUCGGAUUAUGAUGUCAGCAUUGCGGUUUGAAUUACUGAUGUUAUUCGAGGGGAAUGUCUCGCGGCAUGCUUUUGUUUAUGUUACAUUAUUCCUCGCAAGAUUGAAUAGUUGACAACAUCAUGUAUGGAGUUUACUACUGCUUAGUGAUAACUUGGUUUUCCUCUGAUCCCAUUCCGGGAAAACAUGAUCACUGUGACUAUUUAUUAGGACCUAGAUGGAUUUUAUUGAUCAUUUUGAUGA